CGCACAGUGAGAUUUGGCGCUAGUGUUGCCUUGAGAUGAACAUUUGCAGUGGAAUAACUUUUUCAUGUCCUUUAACUUGUUAGUAAUCUUGUUUUACAUAUCCCGAUUAGCAUUUUAUGGAUAGUAAUGUCGGAUGAAGAACCGAAGGUCCCAGAAGAGCUCUUCAAAUAUGUUAAAUUCUACUUGGUCGGGGACAUUGACCAAAAGGUUGUCCAGCUCCUAAAAGCGGGGAAAGGAAAAGAAGUCUCAUACAAUGCCUUGGCUACACACAUCAUAGCAGAGGAUGGGGAUAACCCAGAGGUUGGGGAGUCACGAGAAGUCUUUGACCUUCCAGUUGUCAAGCCGUCUUGGGUGACUUUGUCCGUAAGAUGUGGAGACCUGCUACCAGUUACAGGAUUCUCCCCAGAGUCGGGACAAAUAUUCUUCGGUGUCACGGCAUGUCUGCCAAAGCUACCAGAAGAUCUCAACACUCUUUGGGCCUUGAUCACUUUUUAUGGCGGUGACUGUCAACUCAACCUAAACAAGAAAUGCACUCACCUGAUUGUUCCAGAGCCAAAAGGGGAAAAGUAUGAGCUCGCCCUGAAGCACAGCAGCAUCAAAAUCGUCACGCCGGAGUGGAUCACACACUCGGCGUUAGACAAGAGCCGGAAGGACGAGGCUCUGUACCACCCCCGGUUGACCUACCAGGAGGUGGAAGAGGAUGAGGAGAGUGAGUAUGAGUCGCUCUCCGAGGGCAGCUACAGCCCUCCAGGCCGCAGGCGCCCAGGCCCCAGGUCCCGGAGAUCCAGCUCCUCAAGAGACGACUCCCCUGCUAGUGGCCGAGGAGGGACCUCGCCCAAAGCUGAGCGACGAGACGAGCUCAUGUUCGACGACUCGGACGACUCUUCCACGGAGAAGGAGGAACGGAACCUGAACUGGACCCCAGUAGAGAUUACCGGGCCACCCCCGGGUCCCAAACGCAGACUGCAGCCAGGGAAGGACUCUGGCCUGAUCAACCUCUGUGCCAGCGUGCCCCCUGUGCCGGGCAGUGCAGGGCCACCAGACACCCGGGCAGCCCUGGGACCCAGUGGUGCCCAGCCGGGGGCAGAGAGGCCAGAGGGCAUGGCAGGCUGGAGCCCAGCGGCCAGGACGCUACGGAACAUCACCAACAACUCUGACAUCCAGCAGACCAGCAGACCCUCCAGCGUUGCACAUAGUCUCUCUGCCUCAACGAAGACAUUGGAGCAGCAGCAAACGAACCUGGGCCAGCCUAACACCCAACCCAACCCGCUCCUGUUCAACCAAGUGAAGCCCCAAGGUCAGCAGCAGCUCACAGCCGAAGCACAGCAGCAGUUACUGCAGCAGCAGUCCCAUCAGGUCCCCCAACAGCCACAACAACACCCACCUCAGCAGCUGCCACAGCAACAGCACCCCAUGUUGCAGCAUCUUCCACCACAGCAACUCAUGCAGUUGCAGCAACAGCAACCACAGGUUCCUCAGCAAGGUUUCCCUCCUCAGUUGUCACAACAACCGGCCCAUCAGUUCAUCCAGCAGCAGCAGAAGCAGCCGCACCAACAGCAAAUCCACCAACAACAGAUCUUCCCCCAGCAACAACAACAGCAACCGCCACGUGCAUUCUCGCAGCAACAACUGCGACCACAGCAGCUCUCCCGGCCGCCCAUACAGCAGCAGCAGCAGCUCCAACAACAGCAGCAGCAGCAGCAUGCUUUACAACAGCAGUUACAGCAGUUCCAGCAGCACAGGCUCCAGUUACAGCUCCAACAGCAGCAGAACCAGCAGCAGCAACUCCAUCAACAACACCUCCAACAGCAGCAGCAUUUCCUGCAGCAACAGAUGCAGCAGCAGCACAUGCAGCAGCUUCAACAGCAGCAGCAUCUCCAGAGCCAGCAGCAGUCGCUGCAGCAGCAUCCGAGCCAGCAGCAGCAAGGGUCACUACAGCCUCAGCUUCCUCAAGUGCACCAGUUGUUUGGCCACGAGCCAGGCCAAGAGAUUCCAGAAGAUAGCUUCUUGGUGGGCUGUGUGUUUGCUAUCGCUGACUACCCAGAGCAGAUGGCAGACAAGCAGCUCCUAGCCACGUGGAAGAGAAUUAUCCAGGCCUAUGGUGGAAUUGUGGACUCCUCUCUCAGCAACCGCUGCACUCACCUGCUCUGUGAAACUCAAGUCAGCAUCAUGUAUGUCCAGGCCCUACGAGAGGGGAGGCGCUGUGUCACUGCCCACUGGCUGAACACCAUCCUGAAGAAGAAGAAGAUGGUUCCUCCUCACAGAACCCUACACCUCCCCUUCGCCUUCCCACCAGGAGCCAAGCCCUGCUCACAACACAUCAUCUCCGUAACUGGCUUCGUGGACUCAGAACGUGACGACCUGAAGCUGAUGGCCUACCUGGCAGGAGCCAGAUACACAGGCUACCUCUGUCGUAGUAACACUGUGCUCAUCUGUAAAGAGCCCAGUGGUCUGAAGUAUGAGAAGGCCAAGGAGUGGAGGAUCCCCUGCGUCAACGCCCAGUGGCUCUGUGACAUUCUCCUGGGGAACUUUGAAGUCCUCCGGCAGGUCCAGCACAGCAGAUACUCCAACUUCAACCUGCAGGAACCACUCAUCCCCAACCAGCAUCUGGUUCAGAACCUACUGGGUGCUUGGCGGGCUCCUGUGAAGGUUUCGCCUGAUGUGUUGGCGGCAUUGCAGUUGCAACAAAAGCAGAAACAGUCUGAGUCAAACUCCCAGCAUCCAAAUAAGAAACCAAGACUUGAGGAGAUCGAAGCCCCAACCAAGAAGCUUCCACCAGAAUCCACACCGUACAUUUUCUUCACUGGCUUUGAGCCAACACAGGUCCAACAAUUCAUGAAGAGGCUGCACAACCUUGGAGGGGAGAUCGCAAAGAGUGCUCAAAAGUGCACCCAUCUGGUGGCCAACAAGGUGACGAGGACUGUGAAGUUCCUCACGGCGAUGUCCAUUGUCGAGCACAUCGUCACCCCUGAGUGGUUAGAAGAGAGCUGGAAGAGCCAGAAGUUUGUUGAUGAGCAGAACUACAUGCUAAAAGAUGCAGAGGCAGAGGUGCUGUUCGGCUUCAGUCUGGAAGAGUCACUGAAGAGGGCCCAAACUGCACCACUCUUCAAGGGCAAGUAUUUCUAUAUUACCCCUGGAAUCUGUCCCAGCCUUACCACUAUGAAAGCCAUCAUAGAGAGCGCAGGAGGAAAGGUGCUCCCCAAGCAGCCCUCCUUCCGCAAAAUAAUGGAGCACAAGCAGAAUAGGAACCUUCCUGAGAUCAUUCUGAUAUCCUGUGAGAAUGAUCUUCAUCUAUGUAGAGAGUACUUCUUGAAGAACAUUGACGUUCACAAUGCUGAGUUUAUAUUGACUGGAGUAUUGACACAGAGCUUGGAUUAUGAAUCAAAUAAAUUCACAUGAUGGCAAAGACCAAGGAGGAGAAGACUAGAAGAAGUCAGGUGAAGAUGAGGGUUUUAGUGAAGUGCAUUUUUCCAUUGACUGAGGUCCUGUACUGGAGGAAACAAUGAAGAUGACUGAAACAAGUUUCCAUGUACAGUCACACUGCUGUACAGUCACACUGCUCUUGAUAUUUUGCAAGAUUUUGUACCCUGUGAAUAGAUAAUCGUUGUUUUGUAGGUUUUUGUAACAAUCGCUGAUAAUGCAUACAUAAAUUGAUGUUAUUUUUGUGGACUGAAUGUUUAAAUUAUGGAUUGGUUUAAAAAAAAAAAAAUAUUCUAUAAAGGUUCUAGCAAUUAUUCAACACUUUUGGAAUAAAAUCAGAACUUUGUUGUCAAAAUGAAUCUUAGAUUUCUUUGCUUUCUCACAAAUAUACCUCUUUAGAUAUUCAUGGAACAGUGCUGAAACUCUUAUGCCAGUGGCAAAUUUACAAUCGCAAAACAAGAAGCAGAGUUGGUUGGUUUCAUGUAUUGAACCAAACAGCACUGACUACCAAAAGCACUGCACUGACCAGCUUUCCCUGUUUUCACUGACGUUUUCAGUCAGCCUGAAUGACUACAGUGCUGCAUCGCUCACCUUGGUCAUCAUGAAAACCUUUGAGCAUCUGGUCCUGUCCCAUCUCAAAACCACCAUCGACACCCUCCUUGACCCCAUGCAGUUCGUCUACAGAGCCAAUAGAUCUGUCUGUAGACGACGCCGUCCCAAGGACAUGCAAGAGGAUAUUGUUUGUGGGCUUUAGCUCAGCCUUCAACACAGUCAUUCUGGACCUGCUACAGCACAAACUCCCCCAGCUGAACGUAUCGGACUCUUAUCUGCCCGUGGAUCACUGACUUCCUGACCAACAGGUCGCUGCACAUUAAGAUGGGAAAACAUAUUUCAGAAUCCCUAUCAGCACAGGGUUGCAUGCUCUCCACCCUCUACUCCAAUGACUGCACCUCCAAUGACCCAUCUGUCAAAACACUCAAGUUUGCUGAUGUAAACCUGGUCAUCCAAGUAGAAAGGUUGGUGGCCUGGUGCAGUCGCAACAACCUAGAACUCGACAUAGGCAAAACCGUGGUGAUGGUGGUACACUUCAGGAAAUGCCCCCCCACCAACUCUCCCCUUUCGAGAUUGAUUGCUCAGCUGUCAGCACAGCCAAGUCAUGUUUAAAUUCCUGGGGACCAUCAUCUCUCAACCUCAACUGGGAGAACAACAUCACAGUGGUGACCAAGAAGGCUCGACCGAGGAUGUACUGUCUGCGCCAGCUGAGGAAACUCAAACUCUCUUGGGCAAUUUUGGUUCGGUUCUAUACGUCCAUCAUUGUCAAUCCUCAUCUCUUCUAUCACCAUCUGGUUUGGGUCUGCCUGCUGCAAGUGCAAACUGCAGCGCAUCGUUCGGUCUGCGGAGAAGGUCAUAGGCUGUCACCUGCCCACCAUCAAGGACCUGCAGAGCUCCAGGACAAGGAAGCAUGCAGGUACAAUCAUUUCCUACCCUGCCCAUACCAGACCCCCCAUCUUUCAAAGACUCCACUCUGGCAGACGGGUUAGGUCAAUCAUUACCAAUACCGCCCUGCUCCUGAACAGUUUCUUCCCUGCUGUGGCCCUCAUCAACCGGCCAUCGGGCUCAUGGGGAUUAAGUGACUGCAUUGGGAUGAUUACUGCACCUUGUCAUCAAUGACCUCAAAUACUAAUCUGCACUAUACUGCAUUUUCAUUAUGUACACCUCUGGUCUUCCACACAACACUGUAUAUGCACUGUGUAAAAUCCCCCUGUUUAUAUAGAUAGAUAUUCCCACUGCGAUCAGCCUAAACUCCAGUGUUAUGUUUACUGUACCGAUACUGUAUAUGCUGUAUGAUGUUUAUGUGGACUUGUGUCUAUUCUGUUUGUAUAUUGUCUAUUGCUGGCAGCACCUUCACAAUGAAGCAAAUUCUGGGUAUGCGUAAAUGUACAGUACUUGGUGAAUACAGGUGAUUCUGAAAAUGAACAUGGUCUUUAUUCUUGAUCUUACUUUUAAGACAUUAUUCCUCAAAGACUUGAUUUAAUUAAUUGUUAAUGAAGUAUUAAAGUAGUUAAUGGUGAUAGAAAAUUGCUUGCUGUCAGACAAGUGCCUGGAGUUAUCUCUUGGCCCCUCUGGUGAGUGAAUAGCCUGAGGUGAUGCCCUCAAAAACACUCAAUUGAAUUAGUGCCUCAGCCAAGGUCGUGUGCCAGAAACGCUUUUGGGGAGCUGAGCAUGUAUACUACAUUUUUUUCCAAAGAAGUUGAAGUUUGGAAAUCUGGAACCAAGUAAUUGUUGGUGCAUUGUUGAUUUUAAUUUUUGGUUUAUAAAUAUGGUUUGUGUCAUAUUAGAUAUCCUGUACUGUACACGACGCUAUUAUCUUCUACUGACAUAUAGUUUUCUUUUGAAUAACCUUCAUUUUUCAUACAGGUAUAAUAAUAACCUUGAUAUGCCUGUUGUCUGGACCCAUGUGUAACUAUGGACAGGAGACCCUCUUUCUUGAGACCCUUGGGUUUGAAGAAAUCUAGCACUGUACAGGGAUUCAUAGUAAUCUAAAAAUAAACCUAGCUCUAAUCAAACAAAGGAUGUACCAAAUCAGUAAUAAUGGAAUUAAGCUACAAGAGGAAAGUCCAUUGAAUAAAAAAAGAACAAAGACAGAGGGUACCUACAGUUUGAUGAAUAGGUAGUAGUUAUUAUUGAACCAAAUACAUGUCUAUAUAUGCCAGAGCUUACCAUCAGUGCCCUCCUCAAAUUAAUUGCAUAAAGCCUCUGACUUAGAGUAUAUUGCACCCACUUUCAUUAUUGAUUUAAGUGAAGUCAUCAGGUGUCGUGGCACAUUUGUGUAUGAGGGUACUGUACUAUGGUCAUUUUGCUAACUAACCACAACAAAUGUUAUUGGGUUGUUGCUGUAUGUGUUCUGGAAUGAAAAAAAUGGUUUGGUUAGUAUGACCUUACUGUAGUGUAUGUGUGUGUUCAGGUUUCUUAGAUGGGGUGACCCGUUGAAAAUCAUGAAAAACCGGCGUACUAUGAAACCUUGCACUAGAAUGAUAAGGCUGUCAUUCUGUCAAUUAUAAUUUAACAAUCUAGCUUUUGGUACUAGAAUGAAUAGUUGAUAGUGUUUUAAAAUAUGAUAACCAUUCAUGUAAACAGAUUUGAUAUUUUAUGAAAUUUAGAUUGAUAGUACUGUCCCACUUCCCCUGAAUGGUGUUAGAAUAGUGGGACAGGGACCUUUCAAGCUAUAAAAAUUCACAAAAUAAACUUUUAAUCAAUUUAAAUGUAAUUUCCUUCAUUAGAUAUUCUAAAGUACUGUACAUUAAAUUAUGUUGUUUUAGUUGUUCAUAACAUUUCAAAAUCGAGUCUAAGUAGCACAUAAACCGUAUAGGAUGACAGUGGAAGGAAAUAACAAGGGUAGGAAAGGAAGGACACUGACGUAAGAAACGUAGGAUAGAAAAGAUGCUCAAUUUGUGAAAGGGGACAGCAUUUUGGGAAUAAUAGAGGUGUUUCAGGUCAAGUAAAAGCUGUGCAGACUCCUUUAGUUAUAUUUUCACCAGGAGCUUGGAAUGUCCCCAAAUAAAUUUCCCAAUAGCAUGAAGAGGGUCUAGUUAUAAGGUCAUUGACACAAAAUUGUAAAAACACUAUGUGUUAUCUAUAAACCUCUAAAAAAUCUCAUUGAUACUUUAAUGUGCCAGGUGAAGUGGGACACUAAUGUAUUUCUAAUGAGAAAAUAGUGCCCCACUUCAUCUACUUAAGUGUCCCACUACAACUUAGUGUCACUUACUGUCACCCCCUCCAAAUGAUUAUUUGUUUGCUCUCUGCAGUAUUGGUGUUUAAUCAUUAGUCCAAACAGUUGUGUUUUGCAACUAAAACGAGAGUUUAUAUUGGAAAAAUUUUCACGUUUGCUUCCAUUUUAAGAAACGUCUUGCAAAAGUAUCUGCAUAAUGAAUACGCCCUUUAGCUACUAAACUUGGCUAUGAUGACCCAUCUAAGGGCUCUAUUUAAUCUGCAUCGCUUAAACCUUUCAGAUUGUGCUAUAGAAAUCUAUUUGUCAUUUCCGAUUGAGCUGAGAUAUGCACCGUUUACUGUGAAUUCAGUCUCUGAUAACGCGGGAGUAUUGCCUUUAAAUUUCAAUCACGCUGUAAUGCUGAACUUCCGCGAUAUGGAUUGAAUAAAGC